GCGCCAAAAGCACAUCCACUUCACGAUCCCUCGCCACACACCCACACCAACGCACCUGCGCAUGCUCCCCCCAUGAUCGGCUUGGCCCGUUCUCUUCCCGCCGCCGGGGUCUUCCGGCAGCCGUUCGGGCUGCGUCUGCCGGCCCUUGUCACCCUCCCGAGCCGCGCUCGCUCGGACCAGGCUGGCCCUCCGGGAUCACCUGCCCCACAGCAUGUCGCCAUCCUUGGCGGCGGGGCGGCCGGCGUGUCGACCGCCUACUUCCUGCGCACGCGCUAUCCGGAGGCCGUGGACAGUGGCCGCCUCCACAUCCACCUCCUGGAGCCAAGCCCGUCGCUGGGAGGGAACAUUCGUUCUCUGGCCACGGAUAUUGUACGCCCGCUAUCAUGCCCAGCUCGGGGCCUCCCGGUUGUCUGCCUUUGGACUUGCCUUCUCGCCUCCUCCCUGCGGCUGAUGCCCUUCCCCGGGCCAGGAUGGCACUUGCCUCCUUUCUUUCUUUCUUUUCCCCCUGACUGACCGGUGGGCUCAUUCGCGUGGGUGUGACUGCUGACAUGGGAACCGGGGGUGGGGGGGGGGUGGUGGUGCAGCCAUGCUCCGGUCGAACCUUCGGUCCGCAAACCUUGCGCCUGGCGUCCCCGCAAUCGCUGCUGGUCCUGGGGCUGGUGGAUGAGCUCGGCCUGGCCGGCCAUGCGAUGACCACCCGCCAGGCCUCCCUGUCAUCGGGCAUGGUCCUCGGCGGAGAGCCUUUGCUCAUGUCGGCGCGCGGGCUGAACCGGCGCUUUGCCGACGAUUUGCUUGGUUUGAAUUUGGGAUCCCUCGGCACUGGGCUGGCGGCGAUCGCACGCGCAGCUCUUGAACCGGUGAUCCCCGGUCGAGGUGCGGCGGCGGCCGGCCAGGCCCCCGAGGAUGAUGAAACCAUCGAUGAGUUUGCCCGGCGCCGGCUGGGCCGGCUCAUGGCCGCGGGGCCGAUGUCAGCCAUGGCCCACGGCGUGUAUGCCGGGGACUCACGGCAGCUGAGCAUGCGAAGCUGCUUCGGCCAGCUGGUUCGCAUCGAGCAGCAUCAUGGUCGACUCCUGGGAGCGGGCCUAGUGCCCUUCAGCGUGAGUGACCGACACACGGUGCAUGAGCGCCUCCCGGGGCUGGUGGCCAGCCUGCUGGAUGGGGGCCCGGGCGUCGGGCUUCGCGAGGACUUCCGCUCGCCCGUGCAGGCGUAUCUGUCCCGGACCCCGGCGGCCCUGGUCGAUCCGGUGGACCUGGCGGCCAUCAGCCUGCUUGGGCAAUUCCCCCUCUUCACCGGGGCCCCCUUGAAGGGGGUACCCUGGACAAGGAAGCGGUCGCCAUUCACCGGGGAAGACCCCACCGAGCUGGCUCUGUCGGUGUUGCGUGUCGGGCCCAAGCGUGUGCUGUCCCUGCGGCCCGACCGCGCGAAUGACCGAGCCCCGGGUCCCAGCGAUGAGGCCGCCAUUCCGCCGGCUGUUCACGGCAACCAGGCCCUCGUGGAUCGCAUGGCACACAUCCUGAAAGGCAGCCCGAAUGUCCACAUCCACCUGGGGACCGGGCCGCUGUCGGUUGACCGGCCGGGCCCCGGCGGUCCCAAGUACCGGGUGUCGGCCGGGUCGGCGGUGUCGGUCCCGGCGGACCAUUUGGUGUGCGCCGCGCCGGCUGGCUCCCUGGCUGACACACUGGCCCCCGCCCUGCCCGGCUUGGCCGGAGCCCUGGCCGCGGUCGGGGCCACCAAUGCCAAAGUGACCGUCGUCAGUCUCCUGGCCCGGGGCCGGGAGCCCUUCUCGCGUACCGAUACCCUGGGCUAUCUUUGGCCGGCCGGCGAGCAAGAAGACAGCAUCCUCGGUGUGGUGCUCAACUCGGACAUCUUUUCCGAGCAUACCCCCAGCAAUGUCUUUCAGGCAACGGUCAUGCUCGGCGGGCACAUGCCACCGCCGGAGGACCCGGUAGCCAGCAGCCUGCACCGGGUCCGCCAGCUAACCGGCUUGGAUUUGGCAGACCCCCGUCUGGAGCUGGACCUGGCCCAAUGGACCGGGGCCAUUCCGCAGUACACGCGCGGGCAUCAUCACCGACUGGUGGACCUUGCUGGAAGGGCCGCCGGCGAGCGGGUGCACUUUGUCGGGUCCGCCUUCACGGGAGUCGCGGUGCCCCAGGUUCUCACCUCGGCAUUCAUGGCUGCGCGCGGCAUCGCCGCCGAGCUGGGCCUCCAUGAGGGCCUGCUGGCUGGCGUUGACGGCCAGGCCGGCUUGGGGUAUCACCUUCGGCCGUGGGACACCUUCGCCGAGCUGGCCGCCGUCACGCCCUGACCCUCCCCCCCCCCCUCCCGCAUCAUUGGCAAUACAGAGCACCCUCA